AUGAGCUUCUCCAUGCCCUUACCCUUGCCCACGGUCUCGGACCGAUCUGGCCCAUACCAUCGACAUUCCGACAGCCAGAACUCCAUCAGCAAACCUUCCGCGACGACCAUGCAGCGGACCCUACGAGGGAGCGCCUCAGCUGAUUCUGGGACGAUCACCGAUCCUGCCUCCCAGACCGCUCCGGCACACGGCCCCUCUGUCCCGCGCAAGAACAUCGUCUUUCCCGACCCCGUCGCCUUCCGUUAUCUUGAAGAAGACCCGUGCGUCACCGUCGUCGAACGUCGUGGGUCCCUUCGCGGAUACGAACUAUAUCUCGUCGAACAGUGGGCGUGCUCUCGAGAGUCGCCGACCUUGGUCAUCGUGGCAUAUACGGGAGACGAGGCGCAUUCCGUCAUUGCCGGUGUACUGUCCGUCCCCGUCGAUGAGGAACUGUGGUCGGCACGGUUACGCGUCUACUUCAGAGCCUCGAGAAAGUAUCUCGCCCGCCCCAAACAGACCGACCUUGGGGAGCUUAUGGUUACCAACUUGAGCAGCUUCCCGUCUGCGCUCACCGUCAUACCCGUUCCCGAUGGCGACAUACGGAAACACCGCGAGAUCUUUGUCGUCAACGAGAACCUCAAGAGGAUGGGGUGCGCCGGCCGUGCUGGCCUGACUCUGACUGAACCCACCGAGGGUACGCGCACGAAGUUCUUGUCCGUCUACAAGGUGUCCGAUCGGAUACCUUUCCUUGCGGCCGUCGUCGAGCUGGUUAAGCUCUGUCAGGUGGCGCUCUACCUGUUUGAAAAGAUUGAGCCAGAGUACAUUGACGGGCUGCUGUGCGAUGUGACGGAGAAGGCCAUAGGUAACUGGUGGACGGAGGUGGGCGCGGAACACUACAACUUUGAGUCCAACGACGGCAUCCUGGGACCCACGACUGUGGCUGCGCUCCUCGGCAUGCUGAUGGGCGCGAGGAACCGACUCUACUGGUGCGGUGCCCCCGUCGGCAAGGACGUCUUCGACGUUGAGAAUACGAAGCGAGGGAUUGCGUACUUUCAGAAGCUGUCGAAGCUGGAGAAGACACGACGCCUGGACCGGCCAACACUGCUCAAGCUCCACCUCACCACGGCCAAGGCUGCUGCCGGUGAUGGGUGGGGAGUGCCCAAGGCCGUCAAGUCGAGAAUGACGGAGAUUGGCGGAAAGAGAGGCGAGAUUGUCAUGGGCAUGGUGUCCGGUAAGGACAAGGGUGGUCUCGCCGAUGUGGAGACGCUAGACAUUGAUACGUUCAUAAGUUUUGCCUAUGGCGGACGAGCGAAAUGGCUCUGGUUUGGCAAGCCUCGCCCGACGACUACAGACUCGUCGAACCAGGAUAUCGAUCGGGCGAACCCGAGUUUCGGCGCGGAUGAAGAUCGGCUCCAGCCUAUCUCACGCAUCCGGACUCAGCAGCCAGACGACGAGCCCGAGGCGAAGCGGAGAGAUGAGCUGCUAGCCCCGUACUCAGACGCCGGCGCACCAGGACCGGCCACCGGUGCGACGGACAGCUCCUUGAGCAGAGACCCAUCACGCAGGAAGGUACUGAAGAAUGUGGCUGGCAAGAUGAGCGACGCCAGGUCGGGACUUGGUCGCAUCAAAGACGCUGUUGGCGGAACUCGUCGUGGACAUGGCUCCCGGCUAUCCGUAUCCGCAAGGGAUGACAUGCCGGAACAAAGGGACAGUCCAGGCCAAUUUCAGAGCCAGGGCCAGAGCCAGGUCGGUGUCUCGAGCUCUAUCCAGGACUCCGCCUUCUCAUCCACAUCGGCCCUCAAUGGACCAAACAGGGCUUUCACCUGGAAGAACAAACCAGAAGAGUAUGUGGCCGGCAGGAGACGUAGCGAGCACCAGGAGUCCUCAUCGCAUAUCCUAUCAGACGAUUCGCAGUAUCCGUCGUCGUCCGCCGCGACGUCGACGAAGCUCAGACAGCAGCAGGAGCACCAACAGCACGAAUUGGAUGCCAAGCUCAGACAGAUAAGCUCGGACUCAGACGCACGCAGAGACGUGGGCCCGUCAACGGCUGCCUCAUCAAUAUAUGGAGGAAACGAUGCGGAGGGCGGAGCGCCACCGCUAAGUGCCGAGCCUCGAGGCGGAGAGGGCGAGAUGCCGGGAAACCUAAGCCGCCGCCAUAGCAUGGAGGUAGCGCAGCUGUCUCUGAAACACGCCUUCAACGAGGACCGGUGGUCGCGGCGCAUGUCAUUCGGCGACGCCGAGGAGGCGGUCCUGACGUGGGACGACGUGGUAGACAUCGAGGAGCUGACGUCGACGUCGGGCUCGGCGUCUGGCGGUGGCGGCGUCAACCUAGGCGGCGUGCUCGCCAUGGCCGAGUACGCCCGACAGCUGAACCAGAGCAUAGACGACAUCACGACCAACCUGGAGCCGUGGGUGGAGGAAAAGAUGCGGGCGGUAGCUCUGCUGGACUCCCGCUUCGCGCGAGAGAAGGAGGACCUGCAGCUCCUGUACCACCGCCUCGACGAGGCCUGCCAGCGGGUGCGCUUCAACUCGGAGGAGAUCCUGGCCAACGAGCGGUCGAGCCUGACGGAGAGCGCGAAGGAUAUCGAGGUACUCGUGGCGCGGCUCGAUUACGAGAUUGACGCCCUGGUGCAGAAGGUGGCCGACGUCGAGGACGCGAUCCACAACUUUGAGAGGCAAGUCGACGAGCUGGAGAGGAGCGCGGCCGAGCUCAAGGUUCUACUCGAGACGGAGAGCUGGCCGCUCUGGCUGGUACGGAUGCUCACAGGCGUAGGGAUUGGGCCCAAUAUAACCCAAGGCAAUUCAUGA